AUAUCACCCCAUCCUCGAUAGAGCAACAGCAAGGGACUUUCGAUUAUUUUCUUUGCAUACUUUUGUAAAACAGUCUUCUUCUAAAACAUAGAAAAAUGGCUGACAAUGAAGGUUCUUUUGGGACUUCCAUGCAUGGGGUAACAGGUAGAGAACAAACCUUUGCCCUCUCAGCUGCAUCAGCUGAUAUCCCAACUGAUACCACGGCAAAAUUUGCUCUUCCUGUUGAUUCAGAGCACAGAGCCAAAGUUUUCAAAGUCUUUUCGUUUGCUAAACCUCACAUGAGAACAUUUCACCUAGCUUGGAUCUCAUUUUUCACCUGUUUUGUCUCUACUUUUGCUGCGGCACCCCUUGUUCCCAUCAUCCGUGAUAAUAUUGAUUUAAAACAAGCGGAUAUAGGCAAUGCCGGGGUUGCUUCUGUGUCUGGAAGCAUAUUCUCCAGGCUAGUGAUGGGUGCAGUUUGUGACCUGAUUGGUCCAAGAUAUGGGACUGCAUUUCUUCUAAUGCUGUCUGCCCCAACUGUGUUCUGCAUGUCUUUCGUGUCUGAUGCCCAGGGCUACUUAGCCGUCCGAUUCAUGAUCGGAUUUUGCCUUGCAACCUUUGUGUCAUGCCAGUACUGGACGACAAUAAUGUUCAAUGGCAAGAUUAUAGGGCUUGUUAAUGGAUGUGCAGGUGGGUGGGGUGACAUGGGCGGUGGAGUCACUCAACUUUUGAUGCCCUUAGCUUAUCAUUUAAUCAGGCUAGCUGGUGCAACUCCCUUCACUGCCUGGAGGAUUGCCUUUUUCAUUCCGGGUUGGUUUCAUGUCAUUAUGGGCAUCUUGGUACUAACUCUUGGCCAAGACUUGCCUGAUGGAAACCUUACUACCCUACAGAAGAAGGGUGAGGUGGCCAAAGAUAAGUUCUCCAAGGUUUUUCGGUAUGCAGUCACCAACUACCGAACAUGGCUAUUUUUCCUCCUUUACGGGUUUUCUAUGGGCAUUGAAUUGACUAUCAACAAUGUCAUCUCAGGAUAUUUUUAUGACAGAUUUAAUCUUAAACUCCACACUGCUGGGACUAUAGCUGCUAGCUUUGGCAUGGCCAACUUCUUUGCUCGUCCCUUUGGUGGUUAUGCAUCUGAUGUAGCAGCAAGAUUGUUUGGCAUGAGAGGCAGGCUAUGGAUCCUUUGGCUCUUCCAAACUCUAGGGGGUGUCUUCUGUAUCUGGCUUGGUCUGGCUGAUUCACUUCCAAUUGCUGUCUUGGCAAUGAUCCUUUUCUCUCUAGGGACCCAAGCUGCAUGUGGAGCAACUUUUGGGAUAGUCCCAUUUGUUUCAAGACGAUCCCUGGGAUUGAUAUCAGGCCUAACUGGCGCCGGAGGUAACUUCGGUUCGGGACUGACACAGCUUGUAUUUUUCUCAGGCUCAAGAUUCUCUGCAGCCACAGGUCUUUCUUUGAUGGGUGCUACGGCUGUGGUUUGCACAAUUCCCGUAGCCCUGUUGCACUUCCCACAGUGGGGAAGCAUGUUCUUUCCUCCUUCAAAAGACCCUGUUAAAUCUACUGAAGAAUACUAUUACAUGUCGGAAUGGACUGAGGACGAGAAACAGCAGGGUUUGCAUGAAGGAAGCGUCAAGUUUGCUGAGAACAGCCGGUCCGAACGUGGCAAACGGGUUGGCAAUGAGGUUUCCUCCGCUGCAACCCCUCCAACUUCCACACCAGCCCAUGUUUAAUCAGUGUCCAUGUUAUUAGUUAAAAUCAACAUAACUUUUGGCUGGAAUUGAGGGAAAAGAGCUGCUUGUGUAUGGUAUAUAUUAUCCACAAAUACGUUGUCUCAAUUUCCUCCAAAUUACUUUUUACUGUGUAUUGUAAGUUAUCAGCAGUAUCAGAUGAGUUAUGAUGAAAGUAGAAACCUAUAUCAGCAAGCCAGUGAAUACUAAUAAUUGGCUCCGUUGUACUUUGAUUUCUAAUGAAGAAUAGACUCGUAUCUGCAAAGAAAAUUUGGAUCUCUCAUUCUUGAAUACGAAUUGGCCGUUUUUACUUUGAUUGCUAAUGAAGAA